AUGAAUUCGCAUACAACGCCGCGCACUGCCUUCCAAGGGCGCUCGCUGGGUGGUUCAGGUCUCCCUCCGCAAUCAAGACAACCUGUUGCCCCCCAGGUGUCGUCAAAUGAGGAUUAUAGCACGAUUCCAGAAGAGGAUCGCGAACAUAUCGAUGAAGUUUUCGACUUGAUGGAUAUGAAAAAGAAAGGAUGGCUGAACAGUUACGAAUUUCGACACUCGCUAGCAGCUUUGGGCUUCGAUAUGUCGAAACCAGAGUACUUCAGAGAACUACAAUCCUACGGCUCCGUACCUCCUGAAUGGCAAGAUCCGCACAACUGCCCUGUCAAUCGCCUUUACGUUUAUCUCGAUCAAUUCCGAUUAUGCGCUGCUAAGCUACUUGCCAGCCGAGACCCAAGGCAAGAAGCCACAAAGGUGUUCAACAUGUUUGACUAUGACGGAGACGGUGUUAUUUCCUUUGAGGACAUGCGGCGGUUGGCAUCCGAUAUUAAAGAAGAGAGAACGAUGACAGACGAGGAGAUUCAAAGUAUGAUUGAACAUCUGGAUCACGAAGGCAAAGGCGGUGUGAACCUGGAAGAAUUCAUUCAGAUGAUGGAGGAGGCUGGCUAA